CCUUUCUCCCUUUCUUUCCAGCCCUGUUCCAACCCCUCUCCCUUCCCUCACUCACUCUCUGCCCCAAAAAUAAUAAAAAUAAAAAUCAGACUCUCACUCUCUAUUUUCUAAUCCCUCUACACUUGAAUUGGGGAUUUCUAGAUUUUGAUCAGCACAUGGUAAACGUCAAGUCGUUUACACAAAAAACCCUCAAUUUUGCUCUAAUUUACAAUGGAUUCAAAUUCUGUUGUGUUCGACAUCAGCUCAGACGAAGAGCCGGCGAUUGAAGAGCCCAAGGAGUUCGACGACGAUUGUAACUGGUUGACGGAGUUGUUACGGACCGUUGACCAGGAGAAGGAUGAUUCUGAUGAGGUUGUGAUUGUCGGGGAGUAUAAUCCGCCGAAACCUAAGUCUAAGUCAAAGUCGUCGAAUCAGGUGGCGGAUAUUAAGUUUGUUCUCGAUGAUGACGAUGAUGAUUGCGUUGUGUUGGGCGGUGAUCCUGAUAAGCCGGUUUCUGCUGUUGAUGAUGUCUGCCGGAACGAGACCGAUAGUUCUGACGACGGUGAUGAUGUUCUUGUUGUUGCUGAAAAAGGCCAGGUUGCAUGUCGAGACUACCCUCAUCCAAGACAUCUUUGUGUUGAAUUUCCUUUUGGUUCUACUCCACAUGAAAGACAUUGUCACCUGUGCCACUGUUACGUUUGUGACUCACUUGCACCAUGUGUGCACUGGGGUACAGGUGUCUCUACUAUUGACCAUUGUCAUGCCACUGAUAAGCAGGAGACGUGGAAAAAUCAGCGUAAAAUUUAUAGAACAGGGAAAGAUGCUCCAGUUCCAGUUUCAAAACUUCCUGACGUUACUGUUCCAAUGGCCUUGCCCCUACUUAACCAUGUAGGAUCUCUAGAUAUUGUACCGCAUAAUCAGUUAUUGACACACAAUCCUAUGCUGCAGAAUCAGGUUUCCAGGAUACAUAAGAUCCGUUCUUGCUCCUCCUCCACCAUGGGCAUCAGAUACCGUAGAAGUCGUCAACCAGGAUGUGUUCUAGGCAGAAAUAGACUCCUAUCUCGCUCAGUUUCACAACAAGGACUUGGUGUGCGUAUUGAUGUUCAACGGGAUAGACAUCCUAAUGCCUUAGGUCAGCGAUUUGUCUCUUCUAGUACAAUGUAUAAAGGGCCAGGACUUGUUGCGCAUGCUUUGGGUACAAACCAUCCCACACAUGUACCAUUGAACAUGAAUUAUGCUCCUGCUUCAGGAUAUGCAAGGAAUGUUCCUCCUCUGGCUACAUCAAAGGAAAAUCCCUCUAGUUUGCAUUAUGUUUUACCCAAUGCAAAUUUUGAAUCACAUACAUACCAGAGCUCCCCCCAGCCCAACAUGGGCAGUGUCAUUGUAAAUACCGUGCCUUCGAGAUCUGAAGUAGGCAGUCAACCUACCCUGCAGUCAAACGAUGGCCAAAGUCUUUAUCAGCUUGGGAAUCAAGGUGAAAAUGAUGCAGAUUCGUUUUUUUCUGAUUUUGACUUUUGUCAAGUUAACAACUCAAGUCAAAGUGAUCAGGGAGCUUCUAUUGAAAAUAUUAUUCAUGGCACAGUGUCCAACAAUGAGCCAUCAACUGUUAAGCUGUUAAAUUCUCAGUUUGCUGAAAUUGAAAGUGCUCAAUUCCACUACAAGGAUCAUGAGCUUGUUGAUAGCAUUUUUUUAAACCAAGCUGUUCCAGUGGUUUCAGAUGGUUUUGUGCCUCAUGAUCUGAAUGGCUUUUCUCCUGAACGUGCUAUUGACCAAGGUAUGCCUUAUUUUGAUGAAAAUUUUUGGAGUGAUCCGACACAUGUUUAGUCAUGGCCACUGCUUGUCUUAAGAAAAUAAGCAUGGAUGAUUGUUGCCGCUAAUGUUUCACAAAAUAAACAUAAUAGCUGUUAUUUUUAAGCUGAUUGUGUAAAAUCCUUCUUGACAAAAAUUGUACAAAGUUCAUGCAACCAUUGAUGCCUUUUUGAGGCUGGCUGUUAUGUGUUCUUGUAUUUAUGAAUCCAAAUGUUAGAUGAACAACUCUGCAAAUUUUCUCUCACUCUUUUCCCCUGGAACCUCUAUGUUGGCCUCCAUCAUUUCCAUCUAUCCAUUUUCUGCAAUUCACGCAAGUCCAAGAGCUGGUCGUCUAUCUUUCUUCAGUAGGUUAUUUGCAGAACGCUAGAAGUAUUGAUGUUGCAAUGUGAUGAAUGGUUAUCAAUCCUCGGCUGCUGGUAACCAUUGAUCCGUAUACAGGUGCUGUUAAGAAAGGUCCGAUAUGCGCAGGGCUGGGUCAUGUGAUGGUGUAUGGCCACAGCUGGGUCAAGUAUCAGUCUGUUGAGAGCCAGAAAUGGUCUUUUAUUUCCAUAGUCUGCUGUUGGUCACCAAUGGUCGUCACGAGAUGAUUGUCAUGUGUGAGAAGCCAUAGACUCCGCUGACAGUGAUAAUCCCCUGUAGCAUAUUUUAUUUUACUGGAAAAGAACGUAGCCUUAUUAGUUAUGAAGAAGCACUAUGUUCUAUGGUUGGUUCCAUUUUA